AUGUCGGGCGCUGAUGCGGGUUCUGAGACUCCUGAGGCGGGGAACAAGAGGCGCCGUACAUCCGGCAUGUACCAAAGAAGGCGUGCCGUGGCCGCCUGUGGGCCAUGCCGAGUCCGCAAGACGAAGUGCGACAACGUGCGGCCCGCCUGUGGUUUUUGCCAACGGAACGGCGGCCUGUGUACCUAUCCAGACACAACGAAUGAUUUCUCAACAUUUGAUCCAGCCAGCUUGGCAAUUCUGGAUAGGAUUAAUCAUGUAGUCAAUCUCUUGGAGAGCCGCCCACCGGCACCGCUCCCGGCGGCUGAGCCCACAGGCAUCCCAGCUAUCCCACACGGCAACCAGAUCUUGUCGCCGACUUCGAUUAAUGGACCCCAGGGGAGUUCCUGCGCUGUUGUAGAUGAGACGCAGUGCCAGACAGACGAUGGCCUACCAGAAGACGAUGUUAUGACCCGGUUUGAUAUUCCGGAUCUUGCGGCGGCAAGUUGGAACUGUGAGACAAUAUUGAGAUGGCCAAUAUUCAGGGACACUGUUCCUGAGAUCAACUCUUUCAUUCUCGAACUGGAAGAUGACGAUCCUGAUUGUAUGGGCGUAAGGAAAUCGAAUAACGCAGCCAGUCUUGGGCGAGGAGUGCAAGAAGAUGACUUUACUGUGCUCUCAAAAAAGUUCUUGGCAUAUGUGCAUGUCAAGAAUCCAGUUCUCGAUGUACCCGACUUCAGAGCACAUGUCAAGGCCGCGAUUGAGAAUGGUCCACGUUGGGACGGCCCAUCGUGUCUUGUACUCAUAGCCUGCGCUCUGGCCUGCCUGGCCACCCAUUUCGAACAGGACAGUUUUCUGAAUAGCACGCCUGAGUCCAUUCGUUCGACAGCAUCAAACUCCACUGAUCCGGAUACUGCCCAAGCCUACUUCUUCGCAGCGAAGAAACGACUGGGUCUCCUUGAACCCUCCCUACUUCAAGUGCAGUGCCUGUUCUUCUGUGGAGUAUUUGAGAUGUAUUCUCUACGUCCUCUCCCUGCCUGGUAUUACUUCAACCAGGCUUGCGUGCAGUUCAAAAAUCUCCUAUGGAGACGGACUCAACGACGAGCAGAAAAUAUGUCCCAAAAAGCACGGCGUCUUGAGCAGCGCCUUUACUGGUCGUGCAUGAAAUCCGAGUGCGAGCUGAGAUGCGAGAUACCCCUGCCUUCGAGCGGCAUUACUCGAUUGAGCUACCCUGACUUAUUUCCUUCGCCUCCGUCAGAGGUUGCUACACCAGCGCCACAACCAAGUUCGCUGGACAUUCUUGAAGACGAUAUCCAACCAGAAGAGGAGAAAAGCUGGUUUUACUACCUCGCUGAAAUAUCGUCUCGAAGGAUGAUUAACCGGGCGAUAGCGAUCAUGGGUUACCAUGGUGAAGAAGCUUGGAUUCGAAAUAUUGCGAAAGUCAUUGAGAAAUAUGAAGACUUUGAUCAACAAAUCAAUGUUUGGUGCUGUCAUAUUCCGUCACAGAUCAAUUGGCAAAAUCGUGAACACUCUAGUAAUGAGCUAGUUCAUUACAUCCAAAACCGAGCGGAGAGUUGUCGCGAAUGGAUCCAUCGCCCGUUCGUGUACUACGUAAUCCACCAGCCCCCCGAAGACCCAUGGUCUCCCCGCGUCUUGCCGUUAGCGGAGAAGGGUCUUGAGAUCGCAGUCGAGCUGCUACUGGACGCUAAUCCGCACCAUCGCCAUCACGGAACCUGGUUCAUGGCCAGAGCGGCGAUGACCCGUGCUCUUUUGGUCCUGGCGGCGGUCAAGAGCGGUAGGUUCCGACUGCCGGACCGAUGGAAACAUGCGGUGGACUCGGCCACAUGGGCUUUGCAGCGCUGGUAUGGCGAAGCUCCGGAUUUGCGUAAGGCGGCGUCUGUGCUGGAGGAACUCAUGGGUCAGAUCGUCAGGUCCGAGGUGUAG